GAAAUCGGGGCACACCAGGAUGUCAGUCCAGGCCAUCGUUCCUCUGAUCACUGCCAAAUCCCAGAGCAAACUGGAGAUGGUGCGGGCCAUAUGGUUCUGGCUUUGCCAUAACAUUGAAUAUGAUGUGGAUGGCUUCCUUGGGCUCUCUGAGAAGAUCCACAUGCCAGAGCAGGUCCUGCAGACAGGGAGAGCUGUGUGUUCUGGCUAUGCUCAUUUAUGCUGCGAAAUGUGCAGGGAGGCAGGUCUGAGCAGCGUGGAGAUCCCAGGGUUCAGCCGAGGACCGUGUGCCCGUGGAGGUCGGCAGUGCCAGCAGCAGAAGAGCAGCCACAUGUGGAACGCAGUGCAGCUGGAAGGACAGUGGUGGUUCCUGGAUGCCUGCUGGGGCGCGGGCACUGUGGACACAGAGAGCAGGUUGUUCGUGCCCAGGCAUGAUGAUUUCUUCUUCCUCACCGACCCUGAGCACUUCAUUGAGACCCACUGGCCAGAGGACCCCGCGUGGCAGCUCCUGCAGCCCUCCAUCUCACGGGAGGACUUUGAGCAGAGAGUGUUUAAAACUUCAGAAUUUUUCAGACUUCAGCUCUGCCUCCUUUCUCCAAACACUUCCCUCCUCAGAACAGGUAAAUAGAAAGCAAGGGGUAAAUCCAAGUAAUAUAAAACCUAGCUUGCGUUUAACAAGUCCAAAUUGAGGAUGUUUCUCAUUAAAAAAUGGACCAUCUGUUGAUCUUUGAGGUCCCUUCCAAUCCAAGCCAUUCUAUGAUCUGUCUAUUUUUAAGCACAUGUUUAACAUCCAGUAGAGCAGAGGAACAUAUUUAAGCAAUUUCUGGAGUCGUGGCCAUUGUGAUCCUGUGAUUAGUAGACUGGGAAUUAGGAUUCAUAAAUCAUAGCUAAUGGAGCCAAAUCACUUAGGCCCUUUUGUGCAUGGCUUUUCCCCUCUAAAUUCGCCAACAGUAGCAAAAUAGUUUCACGAUACCUGAGACACAAUCCUCAUUGUGUUCACCAGAUGGGGAGGGACACUCCCAGACAAAACACGGCCUGAAACAGUCACGUCCCACAUUCUGAAAGGGAGGUGGAGUUGUUUUUCCCUGAUGGUAGUUUUCUGAUGAUCUUUCAGGUCAGAUGCAUCGUGAUUGAUAUAUG